UCAUCCUCUCCCUCCCCCACCCGCAAGAGGCGGCGGAAAGCCCCCUUGCUACACCUUCCAGCCGGGCGGCUGGGGACAGAGGCCUCCCCCCCCUACACAUCCAUGGCCCCCACCCCCACUGGGCAAGGACGGCAGACGUAGCUCCCGCCUCUCAGAUGACCAGACAGCUUCCCACUUCCUCAGCAGCGUGAGGGGCAUCUCUACCCCGCGGACGUGGAGGUGGGGGGCAGGGACAUUCCCCCAUCAUCACCUCAGGAGCGAGAACAAACCCUUCUCCCAAGCAGGGUGUGGGCCUCCAACCCCUCAACGGGUCUGACGGCUUGCGCGGCCCCCUGGAAGAAGCAACAGGCGCCCCCAUCCCCCUCCCGGCCGAGGAACGCCGACCCCCUCUCAUCCCUCCCGCUCUUCACCUCUGGAAGUCGGGCCAAAGCCUGGCGAACGACUGCGCCUCACUGUGCCCCCUGCGCCAUUUUAUCGCCCCCUCCCCGACCUCCCCCAGCCCGAGUCAGCGAGGCCAACACCAGGGGGAGGGCAACAAACAGUGAUUGGCAGGAAACCGCCCCGCCUCUAGGUGGGUUGCGCCCCCCGCAGGCGCCGCAACCCCGCCCCCCGCACCGCCCUCCCUCCCUAUUGGUUCCACCCCUUCCUGUCUCAUCGACCCGCUCGACACUCCGCUGCUCCUGACUCUUUCCCGGCUACGGCCGGGUGGAGAGGAGUCCAGGCCGAGCAAGUCGAGCGACGAGCUCAGCUGAUGCAACCUGGCUGGACUCGCGUGACAGUUCCCCGCACGCGGCGGCGGCGGCGACUGAGGAAGGGGCGUGAGUGCCGGGCUGAGUGUGUGAAGCAGGCGUAGUAGAGCCAUGGGGGACACUCCCAGCCCUGAAGAGAAGCUGCACCUUAUCACCCGAAACCUACAGGAGGUCCUGGGGGAAGAGAAGCUGAAGGAGAUACUGAAGGAGCGGGAACUUAAAAUUUACUGGGGAACGGCAACCACAGGCAAGCCACAUGUGGCUUACUUUGUGCCCAUGUCGAAGAUCGCAGAUUUCUUGAAGGCAGGAUGUGAGGUAACAAUUCUAUUUGCGGAUCUUCAUGCAUACCUGGAUAACAUGAAAGCCCCAUGGGAACUUCUAGAACUCCGAGCUAGUUACUAUGAGAAUGUGAUCAAGGCAAUGCUGGAGAGCAUUGGUGUGCCCUUGGAGAAGCUCAAGUUCGUCAAAGGCACUGAUUACCAGCUCAGCAAAGAGUACACGCUAGAUGUGUACAGACUUUCAUCCGUGGUCACACAACAUGAUGCCAAGAAAGCUGGAGCUGAAGUUGUAAAGCAGGUGGAGCACCCUUUGCUGAGUGGUCUGUUGUACCCUGGACUACAGGCUUUGGAUGAAGAGUAUUUAAAAGUAGAUGCCCAAUUUGGAGGUGUUGAUCAGAGAAAGAUUUUCACCUUUGCAGAGAAGUACCUCCCUGGACUUGGCUACUCAAAACGGGUCCAUCUGAUGAAUCCUAUGGUUCCAGGAUUAACUGGCAGUAAAAUGAGCUCUUCAGAAGAGGAAUCCAAGAUUGAUCUCCUUGAUCGGAAGGAAGACGUGAAGAAAAAAUUGAAGAAGGCAUUCUGUGAGCCAGGAAAUGUAGAGAACAAUGGGGUUCUGUCCUUCAUCAAGCAUGUCCUCUUUCCCCUCAAGUCUGAGUUUGUGAUCCUUCGAGAUGAGAAAUGGGGAGGAAACAAAACCUACACAGCUUACAUGGACCUGGAAAAGGACUUUGCUGAUGAGGUUGUACACCCUGGAGACCUAAAGAAUUCUGUUGAAGUCGCCUUAAAUAAGCUGCUGGAUCCCAUCCGGGAAAAGUUUAAUACCCCUGCACUGAAGAAACUGACCAGCGCUGCCUACCCAGAUCCCUCGAAGCAGAAGCCAACUGCCAAAGGCCCUGCCAAGAAUUCAGAACCAGAGGAGGUCAUCCCAUCCCGGCUGGAUAUCCGUGUGGGAAAAAUCAUCAGUGUGGAGAAGCACCCAGAUGCAGACAGCCUGUACGUGGAGAAGAUUGACGUAGGGGAAGCUGAACCCCGGACUGUGGUGAGCGGCCUCGUGCAGUUUGUGCCGAAAGAGGAACUGCAGGACAGGCUAGUGGUGGUGCUGUGCAAUCUGAAGCCCCAGAAGAUGCGAGGAGUUGAGUCCCAAGGCAUGCUUCUGUGUGCUUCUAUAGAAGGGCUGAACCGCCAGGUUGAACCUCUGGACCCUCCUGCAGGCUCUGCUCCUGGGGAGCGAGUGUUUGUGAAGGGCUAUGAGAAGGGCCAACCAGAUGAGGAGCUCAAGCCCAAGAAGAAAGUCUUUGAGAAGUUGCAGGCUGACUUUAAAAUUUCUGAGGAGUGCAUCGCACAGUGGAAGCAAGUUAACUUCAUGACCAAGCUGGGGCACAUUUCCUGUAAAUCGCUGAAAGGGGGGAACAUAAGCUAGCCCGCCCGGCAUCUUUCUCCCUUCUCCCACCAUCCCGCGUCAUCUGCUGUCUCUUCAAUUUGCUCCAUCCAUCACCCGUUUAUCCACCUCUCAGGACACUGAAGCAGCAGGUUCGAGCUCUUGCUUAGGUGCAGAACUCAGUAAGGGGCAGCUCCCCCUUCCCAGAAUCUGGGAUCAUCCUGGCUGGCUGCAGUGAGACUGACCCCCUCGGGUAGUAACGACGAGGGGUGGGCAGCAGCAAGCAGUCCAGCUCUGCCUUGUUCCCUUGGCUGCUGACUUGAGAAAUCUGGUUUCAAUACAAUUUACAGAAAACAUUUAUGCCACAGUCCUUGUAAUUGGAAAAAUAUUGGUUCCCAGGUUUUCUUGGAGUUACCCAGCAGCUAUUGCCUCUAGCUGGGAUCUAGCUGGACUGGGCUAAUUACAGCUUCUCCCCAACAGGAAAUUGUGGGAUUUGAAAAGGAAAAGGAAGGGAAAACAGAACCCAGUGGCCUACCAAGUGGUUGGCAGCUUUCCCGGUGCCUGCCUGCCCUGAGGCUUGGCAUUGGGCUGCAGGGCCUGCCCCACGGCUCCUGGAAUUUCUCUUGAUCUGGCUGGGUUGGGACACUCUCUAAACCAGCUGUGUGUUUAACAACAUCAGGGGUGGAAUGGAUGGCACAGAGUGGUUCUUUUUUCACAGAGGGUGGGGUACUUCUCCAUAAGGCAUCUCAGUCAAAUCACUAACCAUCACUGUCAUAAACUUAAAUAAAGUGUCUGAACAAGGG